AUAUGGGAUACAAGAAUUGGUACAGGGUCGAUACGCUCAAUAAAAGGUCCCCACAUAUGCGGUGAUGCCCUAGACGUUCACGAAACCAAAAUUAUAACUGGGUCAUGGACGGUUGAGGGAAGUCUCCAGCUGUGGGACUUGACCAGCGGACGAUUGAUAGAGACAAUAAAUCCGCAGAAUCGGCCAACAACUCUUGAUGGUGAAUUUUUAUAUGUGGUUCAGUAUUUCGGUGAAGAUUCGAGAGGUGAUCUUGUUGUGGCGGGGGGUGCUGGCACUGGAGCUGUUGAAGUCAUUGAUUUGAAUGAGAAAAGGGUGGUCGGAAACUUUCCAGUAACCAAAGCAGUCUUAACGAUAGACACCCACAAGACGGCUCUAGUCUUCGGCGGCUUGGAGUCGACCAUCCGCAUCGCCGAGUUCACCCAACGAAUUUGA